AUGGCGAGCGUGGAGAGGGGGCUUGGCCAGGGGCUGCUGCUGCUCUUCUGUGCGCUAUUGCUGGGCUCGGCCCGCAAGGUCCACAUCAAGAAGGCGGAGGCGGCGGCGCCCGGCGAGACGCUGCGAUACCUGCACUCGGCCGAGCUGGGCCAGGCGCUGCAGGCGCUGGCGGACGCGGCCCCCGCGGGCCUGGCGCGGCUAUUCAGCAUCGGCAGUUCGGUGGAGGGGCGGCCGCUGUGGGUGCUGCGUCUGACGGCGGGGCUGGAGCCGGAGCGCCCCGACGAGGAGCCCGGCGGCUCGCCGCUGCCCGGCCGGCCGCAGGUGAAGCUGGUAGGGAACAUGCACGGGGACGAGCCUCUGGCGCGGCCGCUGCUGCUCCGCCUGGCCCAGGAGCUGGUGCGGGGCUGGGCGAACGGUGAGGAGCGCAUCGGGCGCCUGCUCAACACCACCGACAUCUACCUGCUGCCCAGCCUUAACCCCGACGGCUUCGAGCGCGCCCGCGAAGGCGACUGCGGCGGCGGUGCGGAGGGCGGCAGGGAGAACAGCCGUGGCCGCGACCUCAACCGCAGCUUCCCCGACCAGUUCGGGGUCGCCGAGCCCAACCUAGAGCCCGUGCCCGAGGUGCAGGCCCUCAUCGCCUGGAUGCGCCGCAACAGGUUUCUGCUCUCUGGCAAUCUUCAUGGUGGCUCAGUGGUUGCAAGCUACCCCUAUGAUGACUCUCCCACGCAUAAGCCCUCAGGAAUCUACAGUAAAUCAGCUGAUGAUGAAGUGUUCAAAUAUUUGGCCAAAGCUUAUGCCUCAAAUCACCCCAUAAUGAGAACUGGCAAACCCAAUUGCCCUGGUGAGGAGGGAGAGACUUUCCAAGAUGGUAUCACAAAUGGUGCCCAUUGGUAUGAUGUAGAAGGUGGGAUGCAAGAUUACAACUAUGUGUGGGCCAACUGCUUUGAGAUCACAUUGGAGCUGUCCUGCUGCAAAUACCCUCCGACCUCUGAGCUUCAGCAGGAGUGGGAGAACAACAGAGACUCUCUCCUUGCUUUCAUUGAGAAGGUCCACAUGGGUGUGAAAGGCUUUGUGAGGGAUGCAGUCAGUGAAGCUGGCCUGGAGAACGCCACCAUUGUUGUUGCUGGGAUCGCUCAUAACAUCACAGCAGGGAAGUUUGGUGAUUACCACCGGCUGCUCGUGCCUGGGACCUACAAUGUGACUGCACUUGUGACAGGCUAUGCACCAGUGACCAAAGAGAACAUUGAGGUGAAGGAGGGAGAUGCAACAGAAGUGAAUUUCUCCUUGCAGCCAACAGUAACGCCACCGGCUCGUAACGUCACGCAGGUCCCGACACCAGCUCCUGUCUCUGCCAUCACCUCGACCCCUGUGCAGGAAGAAGUUCCCAGCCCAACCUCUCUCCAUCAACCCAUCCAGCCUGUGGACUUCCGCCACCACCAUUUCUCAGACAUGGAGAUCUUUCUGCGGCGCUACGCCAACGAGUACCCCAACAUCACCCGGCUCUACUCUGUGGGCAAGUCAGUGGAGCUGAGGGAGCUCUAUGUGAUGGAGAUCUCGGACAAUCCCGGUGUCCAUGAAGCAGGUGAGCCAGAGUUCAAGUACAUUGGUAACAUGCAUGGGAAUGAGGUUGUGGGUCGAGAACUUCUCCUGAACCUCAUCGAGUACCUCUGCAAGAACUUUGGCACAGAUCCUGAGGUCACUGACCUGGUUCAGAACACACGGAUUCACAUCAUGCCUUCUAUGAACCCUGAUGGCUAUGAGAAGUCCCAGGAAGGAGACAGAGGAGGCACCGUUGGCAGAAACAACAGCAACAACUACGACCUGAACCGGAACUUCCCAGAUCAGUUCUUCCAAGUGGCAGACCCUCCACAGCCAGAAACUCUGGCUGUCAUGACCUGGCUGAAGACUUACCCAUUUGUGCUCUCAGCAAACCUGCAUGGAGGUUCUCUGGUGGUUAAUUACCCCUUUGAUGAUGAUGAACAAGGAAUAGCCAUAUACAGUAAAUCCCCAGAUGAUGCUGUGUUUCAGCAGCUGGCACUUUCCUACUCCAAGGAGAACACCAAGAUGUACCAGGGAAGCCCCUGUAAGGAUAUGUACCCCACUGAGUACUUCCCACAUGGCAUCACUAAUGGUGCUCAGUGGUACAAUGUUCCAGGUGGGAUGCAAGACUGGAAUUACUUAAAUACAAACUGUUUUGAGGUGACCAUUGAGUUGGGCUGUGUGAAAUAUCCAAAAGCUGAGGAGCUGCCAAAGUACUGGGAGCAGAACCGCCGCUCUCUCCUCCAGUUCAUGAAGCAGGUUCACCGUGGUGUCUGGGGGUUUGUGCUGGAUGCUACAGACAAAAGGGGCAUUCUCAACACCACCAUCAGCGUUGCUGACAUUGACCACCCAGUGACCACCUCCAAGGAUGGAGACUACUGGCGCCUCUUGGUCCCGGGGAAGUACAAAAUCACAGCAUCUGCCCGAGGGUAUGAUCCAGUCACUAAGAUGGUGGAAGUUGGCAGCAAAGGUGGGGUACAGGUGAACUUCACUCUUAAGCGGACAGACAUCAAAGUGGAGGAGGGCAAGGUGCCAGUCGUGAACACUCCAGACACCAGCGACCCCAACGAGAAGGAGUUUAAGACCCUGAUCAAAGAUCUCUCUGUGGAGAAUGGCCUGGAGCGCCUCCUGCUGGCCUCCUCGGGGAACGUCUCUCCCUAUCGAUACCACCCUUACAAGGACCUCUCCGAGUUCCUCCGAGGCCUCUACCUGAACUACCCACACAUCACAAACCUCACCAGUUUGGGGCAGAGUGUUGAGUUUCGUCAGAUCUGGUCCCUGGAAAUCUCCAACAAGCCCAACCAGUCCGAGCCUGAGGAGCCAAAGAUUCGCUUUGUCGCUGGUAUUCAUGGAAACGCUCCUGUUGGCACAGAGCUGCUCCUGGCACUUGCAGAAUUUCUUUGCAUGAACUACAAGAAGAAUGCUGCUGUCACAAAGCUGAUUGACCGAACACGGAUUGUGAUUGUGCCUUCCCUGAACCCAGACGGACGUGAGGUCGCCCAGGAGCGAGGCUGCACGUCGAAGAUAGGCCAGAACAAUGCUCAUGGCAAAGACCUGGACACAGACUUCACAAGCAAUUUCUCCAGGUACUCAGGGACACGAGAGCCAGAGACCAAAGCCAUCAUGGACAACUUGAUACUGAAGCAUGAUUUCAGCCUCUCAGUUGCGCUGGAUGGAGGAUCUCUGCUUGUCACUUACCCUUAUGAUAAGCCAGUGCAGACAGUGGAGAACAAAGAAACACUGAAGCAUUUGGCAUCUCUGUAUGCGAACAACCACCCACUGAUGCACUUGGGCCAGCCAGGCUGUCCAAAUAAGUCAGAUGAGACUAUUCCUGGUGGUGUGAUCCGUGGCUCCGAAUGGCACAGUCACGUGGGAAGUAUGAAGGAUUUCAGCGUUACCUUUGGUCACUGUCCCGAGAUCACCGUUUACACCGGCUGCUGUUACUUCCCCAGUGCAGGACAGCUGCUCAGCCUGUGGACAGACCACAGGAAAUCUCUCCUCAGCAUGCUCGUGGAGGUUCAUAAGGGAGUCCAUGGGUUUGUCCAAGACAAGAGUGGCAAGCCAAUUUCUAAAGCUGUCAUUGUUGUUAAUGAAGGCUUGAAGGUCUGUACUAAAGAAGGUGGCUAUUUCCAUGUGCUCCUGGCUCCAGGUCUGCAUAGCAUCGAUGUGAAGGCCAACGGGCACCAGACAAAGCACAUCAAGGUCUUUGUUCGUCCUGAUGCUCCCAGCUCUGUGCUCAUUGUGUUUGACACAGAAAACAGGAUCUUUGGUCUGCCAAGGGAGCUGGUUGUAACUGUUGCAGCUGCAAGUAUGUCUGCUGUGGUCCUCACAGCCUGUAUCAUCUGGUGUGUCUGCUCAAUCAAGUCCAACAGACACAAGGAUGGCUUCCACCGCCUCCGGCAGCACCACGACGAUUACGAGGAUGAAAUCCGCAUGAUGGCCACUGGCUCCAAGAAGUCCCUCCUGAGUCAUGAAUUCCAGGAUGAAACAGACACUGAAGAAGAAACACUGUACUCCAGCAAACACUGA